AGCCAAUCCAAGGGCCGCUGUCACUGUUAUGGUCCUGUCAGGGCGCCGGCGUCGUGGUGCUUGGGCGGCCUCCACCUAAAGGACUACGGUGGGGCAGUCUCGGGGUAGCUUGUCUCCGGCCUCCCUCCCAGCCUGCUCCUUCCGGCUCACGGGCCUCACCGUAGGGCGUGCGUGCGGGCCGGUGCCGCGGCCGCCUUGGGGCCUGGGCCGAGCCGCAGAGGGGCCGCGAGAUGCAGCCGCCGGGCCCGCCCCCGGCGUAUUCCCCCACGAACGGGGACUUCACCUUUGUCUCUUCGGCAGACGCGGAAGAUCUCAGUGGUUCAAUAGCAUCCCCAGAUGUCAAAUUAAACCUUGGUGGAGAUUUUAUUAAAGAAUCUACAGCUACUACAUUUCUGAGACAAAGAGGAUAUGGCUGGCUUUUGGAAGUUGAAGAUGAUGAUCCUGAAGAUAACAAGCCACUCUUGGAGGAAUUGGAUAUCGAUCUAAAGGAUAUUUACUACAAAAUCCGGUGUGUUUUGAUGCCAAUGCCAUCACUUGGUUUUAAUAGACAAGUGGUGAGGGACAAUCCUGACUUUUGGGGUCCUCUGGCUGUUGUUCUUUUCUUUUCCAUGAUAUCAUUAUAUGGACAAUUUAGGGUGGUCUCAUGGAUUAUAACCAUUUGGAUAUUUGGUUCCCUAACAAUUUUCUUACUGGCCAGAGUUCUUGGUGGAGAAGUUGCAUAUGGCCAAGUUCUUGGAGUUAUAGGAUAUUCACUACUUCCUCUCAUUGUAAUAGCCCCUAUACUUUUGGUGGUUGGAUCAUUUGAAGUGGUAUCUACACUUAUAAAACUGUUUGGUGUGUUUUGGGCUGCCUACAGUGCUGCUUCAUUGUUAGUGGGUGAAGAAUUCAAGACCAAAAAGCCUCUCCUGAUUUAUCCAAUCUUUUUACUAUACAUUUAUUUUUUGUCCUUAUAUACUGGGGUGUGAUCUAAGUCAUUUAUGAGUAGAAAAAGACAAUGUUACGUUUGUGUGUAGUCUGGGAAUUCUUGCUGAGGUGAUUGAAGAAAACCUGUUGCUGGUAAAAUUUUACAUGUUCUACAUGUAAAGGCAGGUUUGCGGUCUUUUUAAAACCAUAUUUUUUGUAUUUAAUUAAGCAUUUGCAGUCAUCUGGAUUUUUUUUUGGUCAGAAUUCCAAAUUCUGUUUGAUUCUUCAUAUUCCAGUGAAUAAAAUAUAAAAGCAUUGUGUUUUUAAGAUUGUGUCAAUAUCCACCUAUAAACUUGUGCCAAAAGCACCUGGAGUGGUAAUUAUAUUUCAUUCAAAGGGUAAAUAUGGCAGCAUCCCGAUAAUCUAAAAGUGCAAUUUUUUUUCUUUAAAGGGUUUUCUCCUGCAUCAUAGAUCCUGUAGAUAUAUAUUUAUAUUUAUACAUAUAUAUUUAUGAAAUAAUUCUUAUUAUUCAUAAAAUAUAUUUCUGAAUAGCCUAAAAGUUAAGGUAUUUUAAAUCUGAUGCUUAACCAUUCUUUAAUUUGGCCAUUAAUCUUUUUAUUUAUAAAUUCAAAUUUGUUUUUUAAAUUGUAUAUAAUUUAAAAAGUCUCAUACGUGCUUCAGUAUGUCCUUAUUAAGUAGUCCAACUAAAACUAAUUUUAACAGUUGCUGAUGUAGGUUUGCUUGGGUGUGCUUUGAAAAACCUUUUUUGAAUGCCUAAAUAUCUGAUUUCAGUUUCUGUUUAUCCUUCUGACCAAAGGAACAGAGGUAUAAUGGAUGUGGUGUUAUUAUAAUUGUUAAUAUGUAGAAAAAUAGUCAUAUUUAUAGCAUCAGUAGAUAUUUUUAAGUGGUACUCCUAAGUCAUAAAAGUUCCUGGAAAAGACCUUUAAAAUCUUGUGGUCUUGAACAAUGUUAAAUGAAGUAGAAAAAAAUAAAA